AUGGGCAAAGGCAAGCGCGCGGGCGGGCAGGUCAACCUCUUCGACCCCGCCGCGAGCGCGUCGAGGUUCAUCACGCGAAGGUUCGGGUUCGGCGGCGCGCUCGUGUUCAUCGGCCUCCUCGCGAGCGUCGAGGGCGGGGAGAUCGUGAAGGCGGUCCUCGAGGACGUCACGGAGAAGACGGGCACCGGCGAGGAAGUCGUCACCGAGUCGGGACUGAAGUACGUGGACUUGAAGAUCGGCGGCGGGAAGUCCGCGACGAAGGGCGAUUUCGUCGGCAUUCAGCUCAAGUUGAACGACGCGAACGACCCGUCGAAGGUGUUCGUGGACACGACCGCGAAGGGCGGGAGGAAGAUCGCGUUCGUGUACCAGCGCAGACCGCUGCUCUCGCCGGUGUUCCCGGGGCUGGAGGAGGCGGUGUCGGGGAUGAAACGCGGGGGGACCAGGCGUUUCACCGCGCCCCCGGAGCUCGGGUACGGGAGCGAAAAAGUUAUGCUUCCGGACGGCACCGUCGUCCCGGGGGGGACGACCCUCGCCGUGGAGGUGAGCUUAGAGGAAGUCAGCGCGAUGUACGUCUGA